CGAAAUUAAUGAAACAAACACAUAUUAAUGCUUAAACUACUUGUCAGUUGUCACGUUCCCCUGAACCUGAACAACAAGAAAUUCAUCAAUUCUCAAAUUCCUAUAAACACUUUUUUUUUAAAAAAAAAAAUGUAUUUCCACCAAUUAAACUUCCAGUUUUGACAUCGGGAAACACAACCCACUUCAUGAAAUUCUUUAAAGAACAAUGCGUCGUCAGAUAUGGGAUCACAUUGGUUUUUGAAAUCAAGUUUAGUGAGAUUGAUUUAGCGGCAAACCCAGAGUGCAAUUUAGAUCGUACUUUUGGAAUCUAGUGAAGUUUCAGUGAUUGGGUUUUUAAUUUCAAGAAUUGGGUCAUUGCUAUUUUUGUUGGGUUUUUGAUCAGUGGAGUCAAUUUGGGGAAUUUAGAGAAGUUUCAGGAAUUGGGAAUUGGGUAAAGCGUAGGAAUUUGAUCAGCAAAAUUUUUGUUUGAGGGAAGUUGUGACUGAGGAAUUUAAAGAGAAGGAGAUGAGAGGUGAACUAAUUGAGAUACAAUGACUGGAGGGUCAUUGGGGAUACGCACGGGGAGUAAUGGGUCAUUGCAGUUACUCAGCAACGGUGUUGGUUCAGUUUCAUCUCAUCAAACGAAAUCGAUAUCAGCAAUAUCUGGAAGAAAGCCUCCUUCAAAGAUGUUACUUUCAGGUUCCAGAGAGAGGGAGAAAGACAGGUUUUUCCCAUUUGUUUUCUCAUUAUUAGGCCGUAGAAAAGUUGCAAUGCUGCUGCUUGUAGUCCUUGCUCUCUUGGUCUUUACAUUGGGUUCCUUCAUAGUUAAUAAAGAAAGUAGUUCGAAUUUUGAUGAACGUACUGGAAGGUUGGUUCCAUAUGGCAACUCAGGGGCAGGAGAUCCUGCAGGUAAUGUAGAUGUUGUAGAAAAAAACUCGAAGGAUAAAAAUACUUAUACAAAGAAUGAUGUGAGAGGAAGUGAUGAAAGUAGAGUCCAGAAUCCUCCUCCUCCUCCUUCCUCGAUCAAGGCAGUUAUUCCUCUAUCAAAUCAUCCAUGCAAGAAUUUAGCAUUUCCUCCUCCCCCUCCACCUGGUUUCCGGAGACCUGGACCGCGGCCAUGUCCUGUAUGUUACCUCCCUGUGGAGCAGGCAAUAGCUAGUAUGCCAAGUUCCCAAUCAUCAUCCCCUGUGCUCCAGAAAUUGACAUAUGUUCAGGAUGAAAAUCCAGUUAAAACUGAACCACAUGGAGGUUCUGACUUUGGUGGAUAUCCUUCUUUAAAACAGAGAAUUGAUUCUUUUGACAUAAAAGAGUCCAUGACACUGCACUGUGGAUUUGUCAAAGGAAGUAGACCUGGAGUCCGAACUGGAUUUGAUUUUGAUGAAGCUGACCUUGCAGAUUUGGAGCAGUUCCAUGAGGUCAUUGUUGCUUCGGCUAUAUUUGGGAACUAUGAUUUACUGCAGCAGCCCCAGAACAUUAGUGAAGUAGCGAGGAAAAAUAUCCCUUUCUAUAUGUUUAUUGAUGAAGAGACAGAAGCUUAUAUGAAGAAUUCUAGCAUUCUAGACAGCAGUAAGAGAGUUGGGUUGUGGAGAAUUGUUGUUGUCCACAGCAUCCCUUAUAGUGAUGCAAGACGAAACGGAAAGGUUCCGAAGCUUCUUUUGCACAGGAUUUUCCCCAAUGUUCGAUAUUCUAUAUGGAUUGAUGGAAAGCUCCAGCUUGUUAAGGAUCCAUAUCAAAUUCUUGAGAGAUUUUUGUGGCGCCAAAAUGCUACUUUUGCAAUCUCAAGACACUACAGACGCUUUGAUGUGUUUGUGGAGGCUGAAGCUAACAAAGCUGCAGGAAAAUAUGAUAAUGCAACUAUUGAUUACCAGAUGGAAUUUUACAGGAAUGAGGGUUUAACACCAUACUCCGAGGCCAAGCUUCCUAUAACUAGUGAUGUUCCUGAAGGCUGCACCAUAAUAAGGGAGCACAUUCCCAUCACAAAUCUGUUCACCUGCCUAUGGUUCAACGAAGUAGAUCGUUUUACUUCGAGGGAUCAGUUAAGCUUUUCCAUAGUUAGAGACAAGAUAAGGGCAAGAGUUGAUUGGAGUGUCAAUAUGUUUCUGGAUUGUGAAAGGCGCAAUUUUGUGAAACAGGCAUACCACAGAGAUGUGUUGGAGCAAAUGGCCCCUCCUGCUGCCAAUACUCAGUUACCAAUUCAUUUGCCGGUUGGUGGCAAUGUCACUGGAAGCAACCUGGUGAGAAGGAGACGUGGCAAAAAAGAUAAGAAAUAUGGUUCCAAGCGACAUCAUAAGGUUUCAGCUGGAAAUAAAAACAAAGAAGCUGGAAAUAAAAUCAGUAACAUUUCAUUUUAAGUGUAUUUUUUUGCCUCCAGAAAAGAAAAAAUGAAGAAGAAGAAAUGAUGUAACUUUGAUUUUAAACCGGUUUCUAAUUAUACAUGAAGGAGUAGGAGAAUUAAUUAGGGAAGUUUAGGAUGAUCAAAUUUUUGUUUAAAGAAUGUCCAUAUCCCUUCUUCUUUUAACUGUUGUAAAUACUUAAAACUUCAUGUCACACAAGCUGCUGCCAAGCUACAUUUUUGAGGUGUUUAUUAUUUCAAUUAUUU